CAAAAGAAUAAUCAUUCUUAAAUAAUUUAAUGCCUAAAAUAAAAUCUAAUUUGCAAUGCAGUUUAGGUUUAUGUGAUCUGGGUACUAUUGACCAGGCUACAAGGGGAAGAAGGAGGAAAAACCCUAAGCCUAAAGACAGCCAUGGAUGCUCUGAGGAAGCAGUUGGACGUGUUGAUGGGAUCCAACCGGAACGGCGACGUUACCGAGGUGGAUCGGAAGUACUUCGACCGCGACGUCUGCCGCCUCUUCCUCUCCGGCCUUUGCCCUCACGACUUAUUCCAACUAACUAAAAUGGAUAUGGGCCCUUGCCCAAAACUGCAUUCUUUACUGCUGAGGAAAGACUAUGAGGAAGCAAAAUCAAAAGGUGUUGAUAAUUAUGACAGAGACUUGGAGGAUUUUAUUGACAGGCUUAUUAUUGAGUGUGAUAGGAAGAUAUCUAGAGCCCUCAAACGGCUCUCUGAAGAGGAUGCCAAAGCUGCUAUUGCUAUCUCCGUGACUGAAGUUACUCAAACACAAGAGACUCUGGAGUUAACCAAGCUAAUAAAGCAGAAGUUACAAGAAGCUGAUCAAAAUGAUUUUGAAGGCAAAACAGACUUGAAAAUUCGAGCUCUUGAAGAGGUUGAAGAACUCCGGACAAAGCGAGCAGACAAACAGGCAAUGUUGCUUUUGGAUGCUUUUAACAAAGAUCGAGCUUCUUUACCACAGCCACUUCAAAAUGCUCCACAGAUGGAGCACAGGCCUGCAGCUGCUACAGAUUCUCGUAUACAGGAGCUAAUAAAUGAAAAAUUAAAGAAAGCUGAAGAUCUUGGCGAACUAGGGAUGGUUGAUGAGGCACAGAAAGCAUUGGAAGAGGCUGAAGCACUAAAGAAGCUUCCAGCACGCCCAGAACCCAUCCUCGAUUACUCAAAAUACACUGCUGCUGAUGUGCGCAUCACGGAUCAGAAGCUGCGAGUGUGUGACAUUUGUGGCGCAUUUUUAAGUGUUUAUGACAGGCUUUGGGCCCAAUUUUACGAGGAUAAACUUUUGCAGCUAAAUAAUUGAUCGUCGUUUAGCUGAUCAUUUUGGGGGAAAGCUUCACUUGGGCUAUAUGCAAAUCCGUGAGAAGUUAGUUGAACUUCAGGUAGGCCAAUCUUGUACUCUGAGAUUCUUACUUUGCUAUUUUUUGAACAGCGGCUUUCAUUCGUAAAAAAAUGGCUCAACAAAGU